AUGAAACUGCACGUACCUAAGUUUCUGCUGGAUCCUAGCAACCCAGCUGGGUAUACUGUUAGGACUGUUACCGACUUCGUCAAUGACAGCACUAGGCUAGUUCGUAAAUGUACUAAACCAGACAGGAAAGAGUACGGGCGCAUUUUACGAGCUUGCUCUGUUGGAUUCUUCAUCAUGGGAUUUAUCGGCUACAUGGUGAAACUAUUAUUCAUCCCAGUCAACAACAUACUGGUCGGCGUUACCGGCAAGUACGGUGUUCGCUACGGAGCCUCUUUGAGGAAGCAGGCCAGGAAGAUCUUGUUGCUCCAACACACGUCAUACAACUGCCCCUUUUGUGGAAAGGAUGCCACACGCUGGAAGGCCGUAGGUAUCUGGGAAUGCAAACGCUGCAAGAGGCGUGUAGCAGGCGGAGCCUGGUCAAUGAGUACUUCGACUGGUUCGACCAUUAAGUCGACUGUUGAGCGUCUGUACAAGCAGAAUGUCGAGGCUCAGUAA